UGAUCAAAGAGCAGCAGCUUAGAGUGGGACAGAGAUGGGAGGAAGUCAUUCAAACAAACGCAAAAGUGUUGUGCACAAGGAGGUCACGAAAUGCAUACAUGGAUGAAUAUAGAACCAAAGUUUUUGAAUAUAAUCAAGAAGCACAUGCUAGUCAGGAUGAUAUUUUCAGAAAAUAUUUUGUGGUAACUGAGAGAGAAGUGUGGGCAUGCAUGAAAGAGGGAGAUAGUACCCUUUUUAAUUCUCAUGAGGAAAGCGAUGUAUUCUUCAUGAGGAUAGUACAUAAGCUCCAUGGAACUACAGAAAUAAUUGGAAAGAUUUUUUAUUACGAUGGCAUGGAGGUUGAAAGAGUUCCAUCUCUGUGGAAUAAGGACAGAAAGUCAGAGACUGUUUCCGUCACUGAAGUCAAGUACAUUAGACUAUCAGACUUCAAAAUUAUGAGAUAUGAUGGUUUUGUUGAACUAUUGGAUCCAUCCUACGAUAUUGUGGACAGAAUAAGUAUGCUCAAUCCAAUAGAAGUUUUCCAAAAUGACAGAAAGUUGAAAGAUAGAAAUCUUCACAAAGAUAAUGUUGGUGCAAAGGGAAUCCACUAUGAAAAAGUUGGCUCCAAAGGAGAUAAGUGGUCUGUGGGAUCAAAUCCUGAGGAGACUGUUGGCACGGAUAAGCAAAUUGCUGUGUGUACUAGGAUAACAGAUGACCCUAGACUCUACUCAGGACAGUUUAUGCCCAAAAUACGAAAAGAGAUAAUGAGUUAUGUGAUGCUGGAUCGGAGGAGAAAGACAUAUAAACAGUUGGCUUGGUAUCAAUUGAUCGAAUAUUUCACAGUGACUAAUCAAGAACUGUGGAGGUGCACCAUUAGUCAGCCAAAGGAAGCUGACAAAAUAUUUUUGAGACGAGUUACUGAAAUCGUAGGAAGAAACCCAGUUGCAUAUAUUGUUUACAGUCAAACAAUGGAUGUAUGGAAAUUUCAAUUGAGUGUGAACAAUCAGACGGAGAGUGUCAAGAUUAGAGAUUUCCACUACUUUCUUCCGGAAAAUAAUAAACAAGUUUAUUUUUACGGUGAACUGGAGCUUCUAGAGCCAGAAACAGAUAAAAACUAUGGAAAAUCAAACGAUGAAACAAGACCAGGAAUAGAAAUUUACUCUGUUCCAGUUGAGAAUGAUGACAUGCUACGGCUACCUAUUCCGAAGAAAUGACCACGGAAAUGUUGAAAGGAAUAUCAUAUUAGAAGAAAUCAUCCUUAAGCUGAUAUCAGAGAAUAACCAUACAUAGAUUUGUUAUUUUACGCUAAAUAUAGUAGAUAUUCAUUAAACAGUAGAAUAUUACCUUCCAUCGAAACGUUGUUCUAUAACGAUGAUGAUCCUUAUAUCUCCAACAGAGAAUUAUUCAAAAUUACAAUAGAAACAUUUGUACCCACCUUUUUGACUUGAAAAAUAUAUUUUAUAUACAAAAAUUUUGGCUCCGACUAAUGUUGAAUAUGUUGUAGUCAAUGUCAAAUAAAAAUCAUUGAAUUAAUUUCUAAUUGAUUUCAAUCAACAUUUUCAAAUUAACAGUUUUUUGAUUGCAAAGGAAUUGUCAAUGAUCAUUGACUGCAUCUAAAGUAAACGCGUUUAAACUUGAACACUGUUUAAACCAUUAUUAAUCGAUAAGCUGACCAGGAACGAAUUGAAAGUUUAGUUUAAACGGUUUGAAAAUGCAUUUUUGAGAUUCAAUCUAAACAGUCAGCGUUGAUUGGAGGUGAAGCACUGACAAUUAUGGAGUCUCAGAAUACAUUGAAUAAUUAACUAUCUUGAUUCUUCUUGUUAACUGUCUACUUCGCUAUCUUUAGAAUAAACGCAAAGUAUGAUAACUUCACAAUUUUGUAGAUUAUUAUUUCAAAUUGAAUUGUUCAUGGGAAUAUCACCAAGAGACGCAAUUGCGAGGCUUUGCGAGGGAUGUUACUUAGAUAAUAAAAUUGUUCUUAAUAUGACACUUCAACCACCGGCUACAAAUGUGGGAACUUUACCAGUGGACCAGUGGACUAUAGCUGCUCUUGUGCUCCUGAUAUAACCACAGUGCUUGGAACAUGAUUAUUGUAGUCUAUAUUUCCAACUAUGGUUCACAUAGUCCAUGGAAAAACCUUAAUAUGUACCAUUAUUGGUACACAUACAUUUAUGGUCAUUGAAGUAGUGUUAAAUACUGGAAUUAUUAUAUCUUGGACUUCAUCACUACAAUAAAGGAAGAGAAAUUUUUAUAGUGGAAGUAUAGUGGUGAAAAAAAGAAUGGAAACAACAAAUGGUGGAAUAAUACUAUUUAUUCAUGUUCAAUAAUCAGUAGGCAUACAUCAAAAAUAAAUAACUUGAUUCAUCAUGAAUGACCACAUUAUCUUUAUGAACACAUUCAAUCAAGCUCACAUGGGUUGAAAACAUACAAAACG